AUGCAGGAACAGAAUUUUGUGUUCAAUAUCAGAGACUACAAAGUCAUUAGUGUUAUAGGGCAAGGUGCCUAUGGGGUAGUUGCUGUUGGGCAUAAGCAUAACAGUGACGAGAUGGUGGCCAUUAAGAAAAUUGAGCCUUUCGAUCGUAGUCUCUUUUGUCUGAGAACACUAAGAGAAGUUAAGUUUCUCAAAAGGUUCAACCAUCCAAACAUUAUCAAGAUUUUAGACAUUCAGAAGCCGACAAGCUUUGAAAGUUUUAAAGAUGUCUAUCUUGUACAAGAAUACAUGGAUGCAGAUUUGCAUACGGUCAUCAGAACCCAUCAAUUGAGUAAUAAUCAUAUGGUCUAUAUGCUCUACCAGCUCUUAAAAGGUGUCAAGUACUUACAUAGUGCAGGAAUCAUUCAUAGAGAUUUGAAACCAGCAAAUCUGCUAGUCAACGAGAAAUGUGAUUUAAAGAUUUGCGAUUUUGGAUUGGCACGAUUUGAAAAUGAUGUCACUAAGGACAAAAACACCUUUCUUACCGAAUAUGUGGCCACUAGAUGGUACAGAGCGCCUGAAAUUAUGCUAUCACUUGCCCAAUAUUCAAAGGCAAUCGAUAUAUGGUCAAUAGGUUGCAUUUUGGCCGAAAUGAUUUUAAGGGAACCCAUUUUCCCGGGGAAGGAUUACAGGCACCAAUUGUUGUUGAUAUUCGAAGUUUUGGGCACGCCAAGCGAGCAAGACAUGGAGAGUAUUAAAUUACAAAGAGCAAGGGAUUACAUUAAAACGCAUGCCAGCUCUCAACGUAAGAUCCCCAUGAAGAAAAUAUUCCGCAAAGCACACCCAGAAGCCAUCGAUUUCAUUGAAAAGACCCUGACUUUCAAUCCUGAUAAGAGAAUGACGAUUCAAGAUUGUCUUGAGCACCCAUACGUCUACGAAUUCCGAGAUCCCUCAACCGAAGUGGAAUCGGAACCCGUUCCCAGCGAUUUUUUCUUCUUUGACGAGUUCAAAGACCAACUAGAGCUGAUUGACCUCAAGAGAAUGUUGUAUGCCGAAACUGUCACCGACUGA